UUCUGUGUUGGUUUCCCGAACAGAGUCAUUGUGAUGAAGUGAACGUGAUGAGUUAGCUUUUGGUGGUGGCGGAGGCGUACCUCUUCACAAAUUUCACCAUGUUCGAAUUUUUUCGGUUUGUUCUUCAAAAGGACGCGAUCGUUCAUUGGUGAAGCUGUGAUUUUUUUGGAGGGAUCGUCAUGAGUGAAAUGGUGGCGGACGACGGCUUGGAAAUUCACGCCAGAAUUUCCGACGCGUUUUCGGACAAGUCGACAAUUCAUCUUGCGGAAUUUCCGAAAGAACUGAAAUCACAGCCGAUUGCUUUGGUAACUUUUCACGGCUUGAACGUGAGCCAAAAUCCUGUGCACAACGUCAUUUGGAACGCGUUUGCGCAGACCAACGACGCCGCUCCGGUCAACUGCGUGUUGCGGCCGUCCGAGUAUCUCUACCCUGUUCCGAAACCCAAGCAAAACUAUGAAAGACUCGUUCCGCAUGGCAUCUGGAAGCGGAACUGGGUGAAGAAGCACUUGGAAGAUAUUCCUGCUGUGGCGGUGAUUUUUUGUGAUCUAGAUUUCCGUGCCUCUAAUUGGCCGGAAAGAAGAGACACGUGUGUGUCUAUGGUGCAUUGUCUCAAGGUCGCAUUAACGGGGAGGGAAACGCGGAUAGCAGUUGUGCUCAUCCAGCAAACAGCAUCUAUACCCGUGACUGGAGUGGGCAGUGAGGAUGCGUUGACAACUGAGCGUGUGGCAACGCUGUGUUCCUUAUGUAACGUGUCUCACAAGAGUCUCUUCGUUGUUCCUCAAGACAAAGAUCACGUCAAGGAAUAUGCCGCGAGAAUUCAAGCUGCUCUGUUUGAAAUGUCGCAGGCGUACUAUCAAGUUGCUGCGAGGAAUGUCAAGGCCCACAGGUUGUACCAACAAGCAUACGGAAAUCUGUUGAAGCUGCGAUUAGUGGAUGCAAACUGCCAUGAAAUAAAGACUGUUGCUGGGUUUUUGAAUUAUAAAUGCUGUCAACUGUUAUUCAAGUCGAAUUUGCCGAGGGAUGCAAUUUUACAGUUCAAGAAGCAUGUUGAGAUGUUCAGUCGGAAGGUUGGACCCCUGGCGAUAGCUUUCCAACACCAAACAUGGAUGAGUCAACAAUUCCAAUUGUUCGCUGAACUGUUCGAACAAGCUAUUAGGAACGGGUUGCCGGCGGUUCAGACGCAGCACCCCGGGUUUUAUUACCAGUCAGCUGCUCAUCACGUUGCUGUAAGAAGAAAAGAAGCCAGAAAAUUGUGUUCUGCUUUGCCAGUGGACGAGGAAACCGUAGCUGGAAUGAACUUAUUGCUGGACCCAGAGGAAACUAUGCCUUAUUGGGGACAACGACCGUGGAGAGCGGGAAGAUCUUUACUUGAUCCUGACCCGGCUACUGAAAUUGCUGGUUUUAAUGCGAUGCAACACAGAGAAGCUACGGUUGGCGUGAAAUAUUCAGAGCAAAUUAUAGCUUUGCUCGCUGCCGCGAUGACACAGUUCAAGAGUUAUUUAUCCUCCAGAAUGAAGCGUCAUCUCAUGGUGCAGACCGCGGAAGAAUUUGCGGCUCUGUCGGACUGGCCCAAGUCCUUGGCAACUGUGAACCACGUGAUCUGGGACUAUCGAAGGGAAAAGUGGUGGAGCUUGGUGUCGCCGUUGCUCCGACGUGCCAUUGCCUUCUCGUAUCGAACAGCUUCACGAGCGGACUUCAUUCGAGCCCUCAUCGAAUUCCUUGGACCCAAGUUCAGUACGGAACACAAGAAGCGACCGGACGUGGUGGACGAAUUGCACAAGUGCCUGGGAGAUGCGAUGGAUGGUCGUGGACCGAAGCUGAAGUUGUUCGAUUGCGGCGGGCUGAACGAGGUUGAGGAGCGAGCAGUGGCCAAUUCCUGGGUCGAGGUCAUGGGGAAGGCUUGUUGGGACGCGCCGGUUGUCUUGGACAUGACCCCGAUUUCUGGGCUGUGGGAAGUUAGGAGUCAUUUUGAGAAGAGCUCUUAUGCACUUGAUGAUAUGGUCCGGGUUCUGGUUCAUGUCAGAUUGCACUCGCCGAAGCCAGCGAAUUUGGAGAGUGUGUCAGUUUCGUUGACGCCCGGGGCUGAUAGAACUUUGACAAAGUCGAGGGAAAACGAAGAUGCCGCAAAUUUUAGCUUCAGCAGCGGAGAGUCAAGAACGUUUGCUUUUGCCUUUUUUGCGGAACCUGGAGAAGUUGGCCAAGUUUUACGGUUGAAGGAGGUGAAACUUCGUAUAGUGGGAAAAACUUCUAUUGGGCAUUCUGGCAUGACUGGUUAUCCAGCGAUUGUGGACUUGACAUGGAACCUCGACCCAGAAUCCAGUCAAGGUCUCGGUGUGGCUAGUGAAAGGGAUGUGUUCGAGAGCUUCAGAUUCUCCAACUCGGGACUCGAGGGACAUUGUCCAACAUCCUUCAAGUUGGCUGCAAUCACUCCUCAUGAAGCCCAGCUCACUGUAAUCGCUGAACAUUCAGCCCCAGCCCUUUUGGGAGAAUGGUAUCCCAUCGUGAUAAAAAUUGUCAAUGACGAGCCUUGUGACGCCACCAGUGCCAUGCUGACAUUCGGCAUUGAUGCUGCCGAAGGAUUCUCGGACCUGUCUGUGCGCAUGUCGAUUGGUCAUCCGAAACUGGAAAUUACGUCGAUGGGAAAAGAGCAGAGUGAGUUGGACUUGAGUCUGGAAGACCGAGAUGACAAGAAUGAAGAGGAAACCCCUGAAGCCGUGAGCGACACGAAUGCGGAACUAGGCCUGACCCAUGUAGAGCCAUUUGCCUUGGGUACCAUCCCCGGCAAUGGCGGGACGUGUGAAGUGAAGAUAUUCGCUAAACUCUCUAAGAUUGACGAGAUUAAAUUUUUAGCCCAGGUGACUUAUGAUGUGAAAUGUCGACGCAAUAUUCCCGCUGUACUUCCUAGCCAGGAUCGGAGGAAUCUGCUGCAGCAACCAGCGAUUGUAGAUUGCUCUUGCACAACAUCUGCUGUGGUCAAGACGAGGGCUGUAAAAGCAUUGGAGACUACCAUGACCCCGAUUUCUCUCAAGAUGGAAUCCGUUUCUAAAUUGUUUGUGAAUGAACCCUGUCUCUUGUUGCUCAACGUGGUGAACACUUGUCCGUGGGAUGUAAUAGUCAAGAGGACCAAGUUGAAUUUGGAUCUGGCUCUUUUUGAAGGGGAGUCCGAGGACAUCGUGGAGGAAGAGGAUGAACAGAUCAGAAACCUGGUUCUUGCACCAGGAGAAAAGGCCUCCGAGUGCAGAUACGCUGUUCCUUUGAAGCCGAUAACUCCGAGGGCCUUUGCCUCGUCUGAUGGGCCUGCUACACCUGCCAUGGCCAGCUACAUUGUGCAUUGGAAUAGGGCCAGUGAAGAGAAUGUUCCGAGUGGAGUGAUGAUAGUCCCGCUACCGUGUCCAGCUGUGAUCGAGUGUCCUCUGUGGCUCAAAUUGUUGUCUCCGUCCCAUGGAUACCUGCGGUCCAGCAUCUCUAUAGCUUACAUGUUCAAAAAUAGGCUGGAUUCGGUUCUUGAUCUCAGUAUCACAGUGGAAGCCAGUGACGCCUUCAUGUUCAGUGGCCAGAGUCAAGUGAAAAUGAGGUUGAUGCCAAAAGACGAAACCAAGCUUCAUUACAAUCUGUUUUCAUUGUUGGCCGGAGAAGUGGCUUUGCCGAAAUUGAAAGUUGAAUGCCCAGGCAUUCCUGCGUACAAUCCGGUUUUCGAGGCGUUACUAUACAGGUCGAUUCCUUCCAAAAUUUUUGUGAUGCCGAAGGGCAAAUCAACCUCGGAAUCUGGACUGACGCCGGAUUCGGACCGCAAGGUCUCGUGCCUAAUUGAUUCAAGCGCGAGUUGAUCAAAUUUGUUGAAGAUCGUUUACCUUGUGGGUGAAGGCAUCGAAUUGCCAAUUAUGACUUGAAACGAUGUGUGUUAUGUUGCGUUACGAUCGUUCGUCGUCGUCAAUACAUCGUGGCAAAAUGAGUCAAUAACAUAUAUCAUGCUUAUGCAUUGCGGGAAAAUAUCUAUGAAUUGCGAACUGGAGUCAUUAUUUUCUUUCCGCGAUGAAUACCCUCUGUCUGGUCUGAAAAAUCAGUGUUGGCUCUCUGUGUA